CCUAUUGCGAAACAUUCAAUUCAUGUCUGCUGUCAGUAUUCAAAAAUAUAAAAACAACAAACAUGGCAGACAAAGCAGAGAAAAUUGCAGCAGCCAGAAAAAAGCUGAAGCAAUAUCAGUCGAAACAAAAGCAAGACUCUACCGUCAAAAGUGGAAACAGCUCAGCAAGGGAAACGCCUGUUCCAGUCGCUGCUGUUGCCGGUAACAGCGAACAACAGCUGCCUGCGCCGACAAUAUCUGUUGAAGAUAAUCUUAACCAGAACGUUAGUCACACGGUGUCUUCAGUAACACAGCCAUCGUCCUAUGCGGGAGUGGCUAGUUUUUUCAAUAACAAUAAUGGCCAGCCGGUGCCGGAUUUUUUCGCCAUGGAACCACAGGUUGCUCAUGUGGCUGAACAACCGAUGGAAGCUUCGCUGCACAGCAUCAAUCGAAUUUCCGACGAAAUCGGCCAGUUGAUUGCGAAUGCCAGUGCCGACUUGGGGCCGCAGAACACCAUUUUAGAGCUGGAAUCUGAAAAGGCUGAACUUUCCAGAACGCUUAAUGCUCAAAAACUAGAAAACGACGAGCUCCGGUUAAGACUGCGUAACAACCAAUCGGCGAUAGAAGAACUGAAAAAUGAAAUCGACAAACUGAAAUUGGAGAAUUCUACUAAACUGACCAGUGAAUUAGGACCAAUUCAAGAACAGUUGCGUAUGCAGAUUCAAGCGGUUGGAGUUCUAGUCGGAGAGAAAGCAGAACUAACAGCAACUGUCAGCAAGUAUCAAAGCUUGGUUAGGGAGAAAACAGCCGAAAACGAUGAGUUGCAAAACCGGUUAAAAGCUUCUCGAGGAGCUGUGCAAAAAUUAGAGAAAGAACUGGAAUCGGUUAAACAAUCUGGCCAUCGGUUCGAAGACCUUGAACGAACUAUAAAAAAUCAACUUAACGAGUACCAAGAGGAGGCUAGUAAAUUUCGCAAGCUGUACGAAGAUCUACAAGAAGACUUGGGCGAACUUAAGCAAAAGCUUCAGAUUCGGAACCAGGAGUUUCAUUCGGUUCAAAAGCAGUUGGAACAAACGCAAUCUGAAUUGGGACUGGCAAAGCUGCGAGUCGAACAGCUUUCCUCGGAUGACGAUAUGGAUUUUAACAUGAAGAUCGAAGCUCUUAGUCAGCAAAACCUCAUAAAGGCUCAGCAAAUCAAAGAUUUGCAGGAAAUUAUUAAACAGAUCGGUAACGAACGGGAUCAAAGCAAUCAGCAGUACCAGAAUUACGUAUUGCACCUUAACAAGGAAGUGUCCAAUUUGGCUGACAAAAUUCAAGAGUUGACCGAUGAAAACAAUCGACUUUCCGCCCGAGAAGACAACCUGGUUCGCCACGUAGGCGAGUUAGAACGACAAAUUCAGCAGCAGAUGAUUAAGCAGAAAAUUUACGCUUCACAGCAGCAGGAGGAAACGGAUGCAGAGCAGCAGCGAACUACGCUGGAAUCGGAGCUCAAGCUACUAAGGGAAAAGGUAGCCAACAUGGAGAUGGAACGAACUGAGCAAUCGAAACAAAAUGGUUCCAUCGAAAAAUUACAAUUAGAAUAUGAAGAAAAACUGAAACUAAGUGAAGAGCAAUUGACGCAGCUUAAACUGACAGCGGAACGUCUUCAAAUAGAUAAACCAGACACGGCAAAAUUAUUAGUAGAACUGGAAAUUGCCAAAGUUGAGGCAUCUCGGGCAGUAGCCCAGAAUAUGGAACUAAAACCCCAACUUGAGGAAAUGCAACGAGCGUUUGUGCAAAUUAGCAAUGACAAGCUGGAGCUUACGGACAAAUUGCAAUCGGAGUUGCAUUUAGGAAGGGAAAUGAAGGCCACCUACGGACAGCUCGAGAUGGAACUCAACUCGAUUCGCGACAAGUUGCACUUUAAAGACGAAGAAAUGAUUCGGUUGGCGCAUGAAAACACCGAACUAAGCAAGCAAAUCCUCCAGCAAAACCAAGAAAUAGACCGAUUGCGAUAUUAUGAGUCGCGUGCCAACGAUGGUAAUCUGCUUCAAACGGAGUUACAGAGGACGCAGGAACAAUUGCAGCAGUUGCGCAAAGCAGGGUCGCCUACAUCGAAGCAGAUGAACGACAGCUGCGAUCAUGAUCACGAUCAUAAUGCUGAUCAUCAUCAUCACCAUUCUCAACAUGACCAUGGUCAGCAUGAUCUCCAUCGUGAAAUUGAAAUACUGAAACAAGAGAAGGAAGAGUUAGUUAAAGUUAUAAACUCUUUCCAAAGCAGAGCUAAGCCGAGUCCAAACCAUGAGACAAGCAUGCAGGUUCCAGCAGACCAGCAGGAUGCCAUUAGUGAUAACGUUUCGACGGUAAGUCUCCCGACCCACGAAGCCAUGGAAAAACUGCAGGAACGAUUCAAGCGAACUAUGCUAGAGGUGGCCGAACUGUCGGAUGAAAAACAGCGCCUGGAGCAUCUGGUAAUGCAACUACAGGGAGAAACCGAAACUAUUGGUGAAUACAUCACACUCUAUCAACAGCAGCGAAGGUUGCUUAAGCAGAAAGAUAUGGAGCGUGAUCUACAGUUGGAACAACUGGCUAACGAUCGCGAAGUGAUGAAACUGAAGCUCAAAGAGCUCAACUACUUGGUGCAUCAGUUGGUGCUGGAGAAAGGUGGCAAAAAUUGUUCUUCUAUCGAAGCGUCUCCAACCGAACAGUACAUGCCACAGUCUCCAAAGGUACCGCUAAUUGACCUCUCCGUCAGCCCGCAAAGUCAUACUUGCUCGGGUCGAAUCGAGAAUGGAGAGCAUCACGAGGCCAAGGUGCAAAUCAAACCCACUGAAACCGCCGGUAGAAUACUCUCGUUGCUAACCGAUAUCAAAGAAGCAAACAUACCGUACGGUAGCGGUGUACAGCACUGCUCUUGCUGUUCCGGCCGGCUGGAAACGGUCUGAAUGAGCAACGGGGGAGCGCAAUGCGAAUCGAAGCGGGCAAACUUUGGUCUACUUUUUACGUCUAAUAUAAAAUUUGUUUUAAGUGAA